GAAGCUGUGACCAGCCACCUCAUUGCUCGUCUUAUGGAACUUGCAACUUGGUUAUCGGGCACCUUUCAGCUCCAGCUCUUUCCCAGAUUCUGCAGAUUCUGCAGAUUCUGCUUCAAACCUUGAAAAAAACCUUGGAACUUGGACCUUAGAAUUUGUCUUGACUACAUUUGGUCCAUCCAUUUGCUGCUUUGCUCCUGCCGCCGUCGCCGCCCGCAGCUAAAACCACAACAACGAAGCUCCAGGGCAGCAGGGUUAUUACACGUAGCCCCAACCCCAUUCAUUUUCUCAUUAGGAUUAGGUGUUACCACUCUUGCUUUCCCCCAGCCCGCUAUUUUCCAAGUUCGACCGUCGCAAACUACCUUGGAACUUUCACCACUUGCAAAUCCAUUUUCCAACAGCGGAUAACGAGCUGCGAACUACGAACUGCAAACUGCUAGGUCUCGGUAUAUGGUCUUUGGUAUCGGUAUCUUGACCUAGGUAUCGGUAUCUGCAUAAUCAUAAUAACAACUAGAGCUCUUUCGAUCGGAUCCCGGCUGGAUUGCUUGCGUUGUGAUCUGCAUACCACUAUUUACUCCACCGCUCCGUGCGAGGGCCUGCUUUAUAGGCUUAAUUUUGCGAUGGUCCAACUUGAAUAAAUGUCGUCGUCUGAAUCUUCGAGGUCCCGCUGGAGGGUUGCCUGGCUCCCUCUCGCCGUCACCCUCACCGUUGCGACAGUUGGCGUCGCCGCUUGGGCAUGGAGCCAACAUACCAGCGAACACGAAGAAGAGGAGAGCGAUCCUGAUCCUGUCGACCUCGAUUACGAAAAUGCCGACUAUGGCGAGAACCCACCCUACGGCGUAACGGGAAAUGAAUCCCGCCCACCAGGUGAUUCUUCCUUUCGAGCCGAGGACGUAAGCUACGGCGUCGACGAAAUGCAUCCGGAAGCGACCGGCGUCUCUGCGGGAUGGGGAUCGCAAGUCUCUGGUGCUCUGCGACGUACUUCUAGCCCACAGCAAUUCCUCUCCAACGCCGGCAAGACGGUCGCAGCAGGAAUGGCAGGAGUCGGUGCAGCCGUUGGUAGUGCGCUAGCUGCUAUACGAGAAGAUGAUAAGAACGCUUAUGCUGACCAUGAGACUUGGUCAGAGGAAGCCGAGGCUCGAAAGGAGAAAUCACCGCCACCCCAGCCUAGAGACACUAGCAAACGGCGGAAGACGGUCGCGAUCGUAGUCUCGGCGGACACCAACAUGGAUGAAUUCGACGCGGAAGGCUUUCACGAACAUGCUUCGAUUCUUACUCACAUACCUCGAACUGCCGAUUUUUCUAAGACCAAACUAUUCGUCCUGAUUUACGCGCCGGGUCUGAAAGACACUACUCUUGAUACGUCACCUAGCAACCUGCCUCCAGCAUCUUUAAGUUCAUCGUUCUCCAACAUCGCUAAUGAGCAAGCUCAUACUCCAGGCGAAGAGGCGAAAAGUCCAUUGCUAAGCUCUACCGCCAAUACGCCUUUCAAUGCAGUGUAUUCGCAAGCGUUGGCUUUAGUGGAAAAGGAAACCAUGAUUCUACCGUUCACAUCGGUUAAUGGCCAUGUACAUAUCCUUCGUCACUUGCAGCCCGAAGUAGUCUACCUCCAAGAGUCUCUUGCCGGCGAUGACGGGGCCGUGGUUUCGCAGCUACAGACCUGGCUCAAAUACGAUGUGAUUCUGGUAGUGGGAGCCGAUGGCGGCCAUGGCGGCCUUGCGGAUAGCGAAUCAGAGACCGAAAACGCGGAGAAGAAGAAAAAGAAGGAAGUAGAUUUAUGGUGGCAGCGAGAAGAGCGGGUUGGGCGUGGGAGGGGCGUGGUCGUUGUUGAUAGCCUACGGGUUGGUGACGAUUGGGCACGUCGGGUUCAAGGAAAGGAGUGAUAAUGUUUCAUAAUUACUCUGGGAAUGGUGACACGAAUGGAACGUAUGAAUUGGCGGUCUUGUUUUUGCAAUUUUUUGAAAUAAAUUUGGAUACUUGGUCAACGUCUCAUGUAAUGGCAGAUACGUAUAUGAAUUACUUCGUCCGUAUCCAUGUGUUGGUUGCGAUAUGUAAGUGUAUAUACUAGGUACCUAGUUAGUAUUUCCUUAGACAUUUUUACAUAUAUCCAUGUUUUACUAGGUA